AUGACGAGGUCAACUCCUUCUUAUAGGAGAUCAACAACACAAUAUGGACAAGAAACGAAGUGGGCUUUCAGAUUGGAGUUGAUUGAGCUUAAAAGGAGUUUAGAUGGGACAUGGGUGUUCUUUGGUGAUUUUAACGCCGUGAGGUAUGCCAAUGAAAGAUUCAAUUCCGGUUUUUGUCAUUACAUUGCUUUCAAUUUCAAUAAUUUCAUAGCCGAAGAAGGUCUACACGAAUACAAACUUGGUGGAAGAAAAUUUACAUAUCUCAGGGAUGAUAGUUUGAAAAUGAGCAAACUAGACCAUUUUCUCGUUUGUCAGAAUUCUAUUUCGAAUCAGCCUCCCUUUUUUGUCACUGCUUUACCUCGUGAACACUCAGACCAUUGUUCGGUCUUACUCAAGCCAUCUAUUGCUGAUUUGGCCCCCUCAUUUCCGUUUUUUAAAUACUGGAUGCUAAACAAGGAUUUCAGCAAUGUAUUUUACAACACAUGGAAUAACUUGUUAACGAGAGCUAUUCUCGGAUCUGAUAAAUGUUUGUUACCUAGAAUUAAGCUUAAUUUCCUGUAA